CACGUGUAUCAUGACGUGGAUGUUGCCUUGGCGCUCCCUCUCCCUCUUCCUCCUUCACCCCUCCCUCUCUCUAAACUCUGCAAUUCCUACACUUUCCAUUGUAACCGUUUUCUAGAGAGAGAAACUAGAGAGAGAAAAUGCAGAAGUCGAGAAGUUAGAGCUAGUGGUUGUACUCUGUUUCAUUUUUUUCACCAUUCAAGAUAGUCGAAGCUCGAUCUUCAUCUCUUACACAUUUCCUCUCUGUUUAAUAUUUUGUUUUUUCGGUUUUCGAGGUUUGGAGGAGGAACUUCUGUGUUGCGAUAGUUGAAGCUCUAUGAUCAAUUAUACAUUUUCUUUCUGGACAAAGGAAUUUUUUUUGAACAUGUUGGAGAUAGAAUUACAAUGGAAUUUCUUCAUCUCUGGGUUCAUUCAUAUGCUAUCUGCCUGCUGAUGAUUCUUAGAUUUGAGAGGAAAACAGAAUAAGCGGCUGUAAAGAGGUAUUUUCCUGCAGCAUCUGUGUAUCAAUCGACAGUUUCCAGAUUGGUGCUUAACCAUGGGAAAUAGUGAAGAAGGAAAGCCUUGUAAGCGUGAGAAACCAUCCUCACCUCCGCCGGAUCAACCAAAUGUUCAAAUGUAUCCUGAUUGGGCAGCCAUGCAGGCAUAUUAUGGCCCCAGAAUAGCUAUACCACCAUAUUUCAACUCAGCCAAUGCAUCUGGUCAUGCCCCUCACCCUUAUAUGUGGGGACCGCCACAGGCUAUGAUGCCACCUUACGGGGCACCUUAUGCGGCAUUCUAUGCACAUGGAGGUGUUUAUGCACAUGCUGGAGUUCCUCUUGCUGCUAAUCCUUCAAGCAUUGAAACAUCUGCCAAGACAUCAGAAAACACUGAUCGGGGCUUGAUGAAAAAGUUAAAGGGGUUUGAUGGGCUUUCUAUGUCAAUAGGCAAUGGCAAUGCUGACAUCGCUGAGGAUGGAGCUGACCACGGGGUCUCUCAGAGUGAGGAGACUGAAGGUUCCAGUGAUGGAAGUAGUGGGAAUACAGCGGGGGUGGGUCAAAACGGUAGGAAAAGAAAUCAUGAAGGAACACAAACAGCGGGUGGAGAUGGGAAGACUGAAACACAGAACAGUCCUACUCGUGCUGGAAAAGUAAAUGGAACUUCUGGUAAGGUGAUGGGAGUCGCUGUAGCUCCUCCUAGUGUUGCAGGAAAAGUGAUGGGAACUGUGCUUUCUCCUAGCAUGGCCACAGCACCGGAUCUCAGAAAUGCUACUUGCGCAAAUGCAAAGACAAGUCCAACUACUGUUCCACAACCUUCUCCCAUGACCCCAAAUGAAGCCUGGUUACCGGAUGAGCGGGAGCUGAAACGUGAGAAAAGGAAACAGUCUAAUCGAGAAUCUGCAAGAAGAUCAAGAUUGAGGAAGCAGGCUGAGACUGAAGAACUUGCUGUAAGAGUUGAAUCCUUAACUGCUGAGAACAUCACACUUAAAUCUGAAGUUAAUCGAUUAACAGAGAAUUCAGGGAAACUGAAGCUUGAAAAUGCUAAAUUAUUGGAGAAACUGAAAAUUGCUCGACUAGGACAAACCGAAGAGGUAAUAUUGAACAAGGUCAAUGACAAGAGUGACACGCCUGUCAAAACAGAGAACCUGCUGUCCAGAGUCAACAAUUCUGGUUCUACAAAUAGAACUGGUGAAGGCAGUGAGAUAAAGGAGAAAAACUCUGGCUUGAAGCUCCAUCAACUCCUGGAAAAAAGUGCCAGAGCUGAUGCUGUCGCUGCUGGCUGAUCACGGAACCUGUAAUUGUGAAGAACUUUUUCAUCUUAAAUUUCAAGUUAAUUAUGCAAUUUUGGCAUAUUACAAGCCCAAAAUUGUCACUAACAGUAGCUGAGGAACGAAAUAGCAGAAAUCGGAUUUAAGAAGUAAGACUAAUUUAGUGAAGUAGCUAGAUGUCUCUUGGCAGAACUGAGAUGGUGUUUUGUUAGAUUCAGAGUGCCUGGUUGGCCACCGAUAGUUGAUAUGACUUAGAAAUCUAGAUCAGAGAAUUUCUGUAGGACCUGUGUAUUUGGUUCAUGUAAUCUAUGGAGUGUAUGUGGACAGAACUACUUUUUAAAUCUGUGCCUUGUGUUUAUUGCUUGUA